AUGUCGGAGGUAGCAACCAAGACGCAGCGACCCAAGACAGGGACGAGGACACCUCCCGUGUGCCCGACCGACGAUGACGACACGGUGAAGCUGAGGAAACAGACCCGGACGUUGGACUAUGUCUGGCGUUCCGGUGUCGCGGGGGGCUUGGCGGGCUGUGCUGCAAAGACGCUGGUCGCUCCCCUCGAUCGAGUCAAGAUCCUAUUCCAGUCGAGUAAUCCUCAGUUCGCAAAAUACACAGGCUCAUGGUUCGGUGUCGCGACGGCCAUGAAAGACAUUAAAUCCCAUGAAGGCGUACUAGGGCUGUUUAGAGGACACUCGGCGACACUUCUUCGAAUCUUUCCCUAUGCCGGCAUCAAAUUUCUCGCCUACGAGCAAAUACGAUCCGUCGUUAUCCGCAAUAAAGACCAAGAAACCCCCUGGCGCCGCCUGGUCAGCGGGUCCAUCGCCGGCGUCACCUCAGUAUUUUUCACAUAUCCUCUGGAGGUCGUCCGUGUGCGACUAGCCUUCGAGACGAAACACGGGGGGUCAUCAUUAACCGCCAUUUGCCGACGAAUCUACAACGAAAGCUUUGUACGGACCGCCGCGAAGACUGCCAGCUCAUCAGCGACUGAGACCGCGGCCGCCCCCGUUAUCGCGGCCAUCGCGCCUCGGUCGGGGAUAGUCAACUUCUACAGAGGCUUUACACCGACUAUGCUGGGUAUGCUUCCUUAUGCCGGCAUGUCUUUUCUGACCCAUGACACCGCGGGCGACCUUCUACGCCACCCGAGUAUCGCCAAGUGGACAACCCAGGCGAAGCCGAAGGACUCGCCGGCGGGCAAGCCGGCGCCGCUCCGCUCUUGGGCCGAGCUCUUCGCGGGCGGUGUAGCUGGUCUCAUCUCGCAGACAGCGUCGUACCCAUUGGAGGUGAUCCGCAGACGCAUGCAGGUCGGCGGUGCUGUUGGCGAUGGCCACCGACUUCGCAUCAGCGAGACGGCUGCCAUGAUUUUGCGUGAGAGGGGCCUAAAGGGUUUUUAUGUGGGCUUGACGAUCGGCUACGUCAAGACAGUGCCCAUGGUGGCUGUGAGCUUUUACACGUAUGAGCGCGCCAAGACAUGGUUGGGAAUUUAG